CUUCACUGGUCCAGUGUGAAGCAGGUGAGGCAGAGUGGCUCGUCGUACAGCUGACAGCUAGGCCUUGAUCAGUGUGCGGGUUCAUCAUGGAGCAGCAGCGGUUUCCCAUCAGCGUGCGUCUCAUCGGGGUGCUGCACAAGGAGAAGAGCAAACUGUUCAUGACCUCUGCGCUGUGGACCGACCACAGCGACAUCAUUGUCUACAGAACUUUUGGAGAGUUCAAGAAACUGCACAAACGAAUGACGAAAAUGUUCCCACCGACAAACAAACUGAGAAAAUCAGACAGAAUCAUUCCCAGAUUCCAAGAGAAGCACGCGUGGCAGGCAGACCAGGGGAAGAACCCCACCAAGUCGCUCCAGUGCUUGAAGUUCCUGCAAAAGUAUUGCAACGAGCUUCUAAGCUGUGACCCGCGGGUCUGUCAGUCUACGGAACUCAUUCAGUUUUUCCAUCCCAAAGACCAGGACCUGGAGCCCGAAUUCUCCAAGAACGGCAUCCUCAUCAUGCCGACGGACGACGAGAACGGCACCGGGGCAGGACACGGGAACAGCGGCAACGUGACCCAGCCGUUCGUCACGGAGACGUACAGGUGCGUGGCUCCGUAUGAGACCAAAGACACCAGGAACAAGCCCUUCAAGGUGGCGGUGGACGAAAAGGUGGACGUGCUCAUUAAAGACAAAUCAGGGUGGUGGCUGGUGGAGAAGGAGGACAAACGCAUGGCCUGGUUCCCCGCUCCCUACCUGGAGAACGUAGACGAGGACCAGGACGAGGACCAAGACGACGCCAGCAGCGCCAGCUUCGAGAGAGGGAUGCGGUACACUGCAACCAAGAGCUACAAGGCCACCAACGAUGACGAGAUAAAUGUACCCGUCGGUGCAGUCGUGCAGGUUCUGGAGAAAUCUGACAACGGCUGGUGGCUCGUCAGCUACAGUGGUAAAGCCGGUUACGUCCCCGCCAUGUACCUGCAGACCUACAACUACCCCCACAUCCUCAUAGCGACGCAGCUGCAGGACCAGCGUGCCCCCUCCAGGCUGGAGCUCCCACCCCCGGGGCGGCAACAGCGCAGCAGCUCACAGGGGAGCCUGCAGCUGCCUCCCCCCGCCCGCUCUCCCUCCCCCGGCCCGCGCCGUCCGCUCAGCAAGCAGAGGUCCAACUCCCUCACCAUCUUUACCCAACAAGCCCCUGCGCCCGUCAAGGCCUCCAGGCCCGCGGCCGCGCCCGGCCCGGCCCGGCCCGCUCCCCCACCCGUUAUCAGGGUGGAGAUGGACGGACAGGAUGAUUGUGGGAGGACCCUGUCAAUAGACAGUGAGGGCAGCGACGGCAGCGACGGCAGCGACUUCAGCUUCAGGGAGGAGCUGGACAUGUCCCUGGAGAGCUUGUGCCUCAGCAUGAGCCUCGGCGCCAACGAUGAGCGGCUGAGCCGCACGCCGCCGCCCUCGGCCGCCGGCCAGCUCAGCCCCAGCAGCCUUCCAGAGAGUAAGUUAGUGCCCAGCGUCUCUGAUCCCAGCCUCUACAAGGCGCCCAAAUCACCCAAGGUGCCGCCCAGGCCACGCGCUCAGGAGAUCCUCACCCGCUGCUCGUCCCUCACUCGCAGCAAAACAGCCAGCGGGACUCGGUCGCCGACCCAGACGGAGAUACUCGGCCGCUAAUCACAACCUGAGUGUGGUGGAGUUCUACCAAGUGCAAAUGCUGGAGAGAAUCAUAUGUGUUACCUCAAAUAUAUGUUUCCAUAAUCUUUGAAGACUUAUUUACAGCUUUUUAAUACCUUAUAGUAUAUACAUAUAUAUAUAUAUAUAUAUUUAUUUUCCAUACUGGAAACCUUGUGUUGUGCCUCAUAUGCAUUUUUGUGUGCAGAUGAAUGUUGGUUUUCAAGAUUUGUAAUCUCAGCUUCCUCUGAAAGUUGAAGCUGACCAAUAUAGUCUAAUAAAAAUCACACUUCUCUCUCGA